CACAGACAUACACUCGCUCUUUCUCUCAGAUACACACAGCUCCCCACAUUUGCACCUCUGCCAGCGAACUGGGCCGCCUGACUACACGGCUUCCCCGCGAGCCAGAUGCUGGAGAUCACACACUGAUUUGCUGCUUUCUAUGCCCCUAGUCUCUUCCUCUACACAAAGAUUUCUUUUAAAACAACAAACAAACAACAAAAACUGUAUAUACAUAUUUUUUUUUAUUUGCAUCUUUCCUCCGGGUCCCCUGCUCCGCCAGCCUGUGCGCCUCCUAGCACCACUUUCCACUCCCAAAGAAAGAUGAAAGGUGGCUGUUUCUCCCGGUGGAAGGCGGCCGCCGGGCUCCUCUUCUGUAUCAUGGUCUUUGCAUCUGCCGAGAGACCAGUCUUCACGAAUCAUUUUCUUGUGGAGUUGCAUAAAGGAGGAGAGGAAGAAGCUCGCCAAGUUGCAGGAGAACACGGCUUUGGAGUCCGAAAGCUCCCCUUCACUGAAGGCCUGUACCACUUUUAUCAUGAUGGCCUUGCAAAGGCCAAGAGAAGACGCAGCCUACACCACAGACAGCAGCUGGAGAGAGACCCCAGGGUAAAGAUGGCCUUGCAGCAAGAAGGAUUCAACCGGAAAAAGCGAGGGUAUAGAGAUCUCAAUGAGAUCGACAUCAACAUGAAUGAUCCCCUUUUUACAAAGCAAUGGUAUCUGAUCAAUACUGGGCAAGCCGAUGGUACUCCUGGCCUUGACUUGAAUGUGGCAGAAGCCUGGGAGCUGGGAUACACAGGGAAAGGUGUUACCAUUGGAAUUAUGGAUGAUGGGAUUGACUAUCUCCACCCGGACCUGGCCUCAAACUACAAUGCCGAAGCAAGUUAUGACUUCAGUAGCAACGACCCCUAUCCUUACCCUCGAUACACAGACGACUGGUUUAACAGCCAUGGGACCCGAUGUGCAGGGGAAGUUUCUGCUGCAGCCAACAACAAUAUCUGUGGAGUCGGAGUAGCAUACAAUUCCAAGGUCGCAGGUAUCCGGAUGCUGGACCAGCCAUUUAUGACGGACAUCAUAGAGGCCUCCUCCAUCAGCCACAUGCCCCAGCUGAUCGACAUCUACAGCGCCAGCUGGGGCCCCACAGACAAUGGGAAGACGGUGGAUGGGCCCCGAGAGCUCACGCUCCAGGCGAUGGCCGAUGGUGUGAACAAGGGCCGAGGGGGCAAAGGCAGCAUCUAUGUGUGGGCCUCUGGGGAUGGUGGCAGCUACGACGACUGCAACUGCGAUGGCUACGCCUCCAGCAUGUGGACCAUCUCCAUCAAUUCGGCUAUCAACGACGGCAGGACAGCCUUGUACGAUGAGAGCUGCUCCUCCACCCUGGCCUCCACCUUCAGCAAUGGAAGGAAGAGGAACCCCGAGGCCGGAGUGGCAACCACAGAUUUGUAUGGAAACUGCACUCUGAGGCAUUCUGGGACAUCCGCAGCUGCUCCUGAGGCAGCUGGAGUGUUUGCACUGGCUUUAGAGGCUAACCUGGCUCUGACCUGGAGAGACAUGCAACAUCUAACUGUGCUCACCUCCAAACGGAACCAGCUUCAUGAUGAGGUCCAUCAGUGGCGGCGGAACGGGGUCGGCCUGGAGUUUAAUCACCUCUUUGGCUAUGGGGUCCUUGACGCAGGCGCCAUGGUGAAAAUGGCUAAAGACUGGAAAACCGUGCCCGAGAGGUUCCACUGUGUGGGAGGCUCCGUGCAGGACCCUGAGAAAAUACCAUCCACUGGCAAGUUGGUGCUGACCCUCACAACAGAUGCAUGCGAGGGGAAGGAAAAUUUUGUCCGCUACCUCGAGCACGUCCAAGCUGUUAUCACAGUCAAUGCAACCAGGAGAGGAGACCUGAACAUCAACAUGACUUCCCCUAUGGGCACCAAGUCCAUUUUGCUGAGUCGGCGUCCAAGGGAUGAUGAUUCCAAGGUGGGCUUUGACAAGUGGCCUUUCAUGACCACCCACACUUGGGGAGAAGAUGCUCGAGGAACCUGGACCCUGGAGCUGGGGUUUGUGGGGAGCGCCCCCCAGAAGGGAGUGCUGAAAGAGUGGACACUGAUGCUGCAUGGCACACAGAGUGCCCCUUACAUUGACCAGGUCGUGAGGGAUUACCAGUCCAAGCUGGCCAUGUCCAAGAAGGAGGAGCUGGAGGAAGAGCUGGAUGAAGCUGUGGAGAGAAGCCUGAAAAGCAUCCUGCACAAGAACUAGAGUUGCACCAUGGCCUCCAUCACCUCCCUCCCUCCCCUGUCUCUGACUCUCUGUCUUCACUCCACACUGUCAGGCACCUAGCAAUUACUGUCACCCCUACACAAGCAAUUCCAACUUCUUGAUCUGAAGCUUCACUCACUGUCAAUGAUUAUUUUCAUUACAAUGGAAGCAAUCUUUUUUAUUUCAUGCCCCAAAUACAGUGUUCCCACCAA